AUGGCCAGCCCCUUCAAGCUCGGCGUCAGCCAGGGUGAUGCAAAGAAGGCCCUGUUACGGCCGGCUGUGGACGGCACACGGAACGUCCUGGGAUCCGUCGCUCGCACGCCCAGUGUGCAGCGGGUGGUGCUGACAUCAUCUAUUGCAGCCAUCCUGGCCUUCCCACAGGCGGGGCGCGUCUACAGCGAGGAUGACUGGAACGACCAGUCCAGUGAGGCGCUGUUCCCCUAUGAGCUGUCCAAGACGCUGGCAGAGCGAGCAGCUUGGGACUCGGCGCGCUCCCGGAGCAGGUGGAGCCUGGUGGCGAUCAACCCCGGCCUGGUGAUGGGCCCGCCCCUGGGGCCGCAGCCAGAGGGCGAGUCCAUCGCCCUCAUGCGGCGCAUCCUGCGCGGUGACCUCAGAGCAGGCUACCCCGCCUUCGAGCUCCGCACCGUCGACGUGCGCGAUGUGGCCAAGGCCCACUGCGUCGCCAUGGUCAAGGAGGACGCACACGGCAGGUACCUUGUCGCACCCAACACCUUCACUUUCCCACGCGCAGCCGAGGUGCUGCGCGAGGGGCCGCUGGGCGCGCAGCUAGCGUGGCGGCUGCCGGGGCGGCGCCCCGCCCCGCGCUGGCUGCUGAGCCUCCUGGCUGACGUCGCUGGCAUAGAGCGCUGCCGCCUCGAGUGA